UCUCAAGAAUCUUGUGCCGUUUACAUCGUUCCCAAAGAUUUUUCUACUAGAACCUACCAUGAAGUGCUCCGUCGCGCUGAUCUUCGUCGCCAUGGCGUUGUGCGCCGAAGGCUCGGUAAUCCCGUGGGUGAUUGCUCCGGGACUCGCCAUUCCCGGCACUACCGUGGUUCAGUCUAAUCCUCCGGCGACGAUUGUCCACACCCUGCACCCGGCUCCGAUUGCAGUGGAUAUUCAUGGCCAUCCGGCUGUGCUUCUGGCGCCAGCUCCAGCUGCUCCUGCCGUUGUUGCCGUUGCUCCGGCUCCUGCUGCCACCGCCGUGUCCGCCACUCGCGGAGCCGUCCAUGUUGCCCCACUGCCAGGCCAUUCUGUAUCGCAGACGCAACUGAAUCUAGCGGCUGCCCCCGGAACUGAGUAAAUCCGAUGUUCACCUUACUUUUCGGAACGCGUUUGCUCUCGUGAGGGGAAAGAUGUCAGUUUAGUCAAUUUUCUUUUCACUAUGACACACUCCGAGGACACGACGAUUCAAUUUGAAACUUUACCACUUCUAAAGACUCUUGCUGCAAUACUCCACGCAAAUAAAUGCAUGCUCAUGAG